CGUUGACUUGAGAAUAAGCUAGCAUCUUCUUGUUACAUACUAAGUCAGUCCUCCAUCAAUUAUUUUGAAUUCUAUAAAAAAUGGAUUCAUGUGCUUUUAGUCCUGUAUAAAUUAAUGUCCCAGUGUAGUGGAGCUUCACAGCAGCUCAGGAAGGACCCUAACAGAGAGAGCUGCAGAGCAUUUUGAAAGGAAGUGAAACUAUAGCCCAUACUUUCCAUCACCAUCACAGGACAAAAGGAAGUUGUAUUUCAAUGCCUUCUUCUGCUUCUACUGGUUACACUGCUGAACAUGAAACAGAACCACAGAUUGAACACAUAAUUGACAUUUCUAAAGAUAUUGGGCCAGCAAUGCAUGAUUUGUGUUGCAUUUACAAGGUCCCUUCCAAUCUCCGGAAGGUGAAUGAUGGAGAAGCCUAUGAACCACACUUGAUAUCAAUUGGCCCUUUACACCACAACAUGCCUAAACUUGAAUCAAUGCAUAAACAGAAGCAAAGGUAUUUUCUUUCCUUCUGGGGACGUGUAACAAACAAAAAGUCUUUAGAAAACUACAAAGACUUCCUCAAAGAAAACACUGACACGAUUCGCCAUUAUUACUCUGAGCUAGAUAAUAAUAGCCCCAUCAAUGAAAAUGAAUUUGUGGACAUGAUCCUGUUAGAUUCUGUCUUCAUCUUGGAGCUGUUUCUGAGAAAUUCAGAUCAAUCUGAAAGGAAAAAGGAUUACAUGUUCACAACAUCAUGGAUUUUCAAGGGCAUCCAGAGAGACUUGUUGCUCCUUGAAAAUCAGCUUCCAAUGUUUCUCUUGGAAGCAUUACAUAGAAAAGUUUACAAUGGAAAUUGUCAAAGUUUUGUUGAGCUUGCAGUGAACUACUUUGAAGAUUAUAUUCCACAAAGUUCAACAAAUGAUCAAAUCAAAGAAGUGAUGAUCAAUAACUUUUGUCACUUCACUGAUUUGAUUAGAAGUUUCUACCUUCCAAAAGAAGUUCAGGAGAAAGGGUGGGAGCCAUCAAAGCAUUUCACCCCUGAAAACAAACGCAUCCUUAAAACUGCAACAAGGCUUUUCGAAGCAGGGGUUACCUUUGAGGUAGUUCACAAUAGAGCCAUGUUAGAAAUAAAGUUUAAGAGGAUUCAAGUUUUGAACUGGUUUUUAUGCCUUGGUUGCAUUCCAGGCUUCAAGUUUUUCCAGUGUCGCUUGCAAAUGCCUCAAUUCAAAGCAACACAAACAACAGAAUGUGUUUUGAGGAACCUCAUUGCCUUGGAGCAAUGUCACUAUUCUGACCAACCUUUCAUCUGCAGCUAUGUUUCUCUCAUUGAUUCUCUUGUCAACUCUAAUCAGGAUGUGUCAUUGCUUGUUGACAAAGAAAUCAUUGUUCAUGAACUUGGCAGCAAUCAAGAACUUGCAGAAAUGACAAAUGGUCUUUGCAAGAAUGUUGUGGUGACAAAUAAUUAUUAUGGCAAGAUUUCAAGGAAACUCAAUGAUCACUACUAUUGCAAAUGGAAGCGUUAUAUGGGAAUGUUAACAUCAGUGUACUUCCGUGAUCCUUGGAGAAUCAGCUCAACUGCUGUGGGAAUUGUGUUUUUCGUGUUUGCUAUUAUGAACUUUCUCCGUCUUGUUGAUUUAUAUAAACCAAAACACCAUUAAUUUGUUGCUGCAUGCAAUUAUUUAUAGCAUAUUGAUAUUUCUAUGUAUUUUGUGUUCAGCUGAUAAUAAAUGAAGUUCUUGUUAAAUGUA